AUGGAGAGGAAAGGAGGAGCACCACCCUCGACGGCGGCGCGUCCCAGGAAUAAUAUCCGAUCACACGCUUCCACGGAGGGAGUUUUCAACGGCGGGGCCACCGUGGGGUAUAGCCCUGGUCCCAUGACUCUACUUUCCAACUUAUUCGGCGAUGGCGAUGAGUGUAAGUCGUUCUCGGAGCUCCUCGCCGGCGCCAUAGUGGACCCCACCCCACCCCAGUUCUUUCUUGAUUCACCUUCUCAGGCUGUAGAAUGGUCUAACAUACGAAAGGAUAAGAUCAUAAAUAAGAUGGUAAAUGUACGUGAACAUUAUAUGAAAGAAAGUGAUGCAGCAAAAGGACACUUUGGAAUGACAGACCAGCAAAUGCUAGCACAGGUCACACACUCCAAUGUGCAAAUCCAAGCUGAACAUCCAUUCUCCACAGCAGUGCCUGCUACCACAUUGACACAGUUUCACUCUCCAUCUGUCAAUGCUGAUAAGCCUAAUGAAGAUGGAUAUAACUGGAGGAAGUAUGGGCAGAAACAUGUCAAGGGUAGUGACUUUUCUCGAAGUUAUUACAAAUGCACACAUCCAAAUUGUCCUGUCAAGAAAAAGCUUGAACGAUCUCUUGGGGGUCAUGUAACUGCAAUUAUUUAUAAAGGAGAGCACAACCAUCCACGUCCUCAUCCCAGUAAGACCACAAGAGGUACCCUAACUUCAACUGAAAAUUCAGAUAAGUCGAAAGAAGAGAUGAGUUCUCAGAUGGAUCUAGAAUCUAGUCAGGCAACAGCUGAACAUGGGUCGGGGACAAGUGAUAGUGAUCAUGAGACUGAAGUGGAUGAGAAAAAUGAUGAACCUGAUCGCAAGAGGAGAAACACAGAAGCCAGACACCAGGAUCCAGACUCUUUGCAUAGAACUGUGGCAGAACCUAGAAUCGUUGUGCAGACAACAAGUGAAGUGGAUCUCUUGGAUGAUGGAUAUAGAUGGCAGUGCGAGAUGCAUGGUUUUACGGUGUGUAGGAGCUAUUACAAGUGCACAACCCCAGGUUGCAAUGUUCGAAAGCAUGUUGAGAGGGCUUCAACUGAUCCUAAAGCUGUCAUAACAACGUAUGAAGGAAAACAUAAUCAUGAUGUGCCAGCAGCUAGAACUAAUAGCCACACACUUGCCAACAAUAAUGCAUCACAGCUGAAAGAACAAAAUGCCACACCCAAUGAGACGCAUCGUUUCAGCAGCAGGGGUGUUGGGGGUUAUGAACAGCGACCUGUGGAAAAUCUAAGAUUGAAGGAAGAGCAUAUAACUUAG